AUGGACCCGAAAACGGAAAAUUUUCAGAUGGAACUUGAAUAUAUGCUUACACUGGACGACAUGAACCUGCUGCUGAGGAAUCUUAUGAUCCGAGAUGAGCUUAUGUCACGGAAUGAAGAAAACAUGAAUGAGUCUGUUCUGAAAGAUGAAGAAACGAAAAGUGUUACCUUUUCAAAGCACAUCCAAGAAGUUGAGGAUCAUUUGAGAGAGAUUCGACUGAGCAACGCGCGGCUAACAACUGAGCUGGACAGCAUCCGGUCUGAGAUUAUACAAGUGAAAUCUCAGUUGCAUGAAACGGAACAGCAGUUGGAAGAAAACUUGGCUAAAGAAGCUUCGCUUAACCGACUCAUCUCCAACCUAAUAUCAGAAGUUGAACGAGCUAAAACGAAUGUUCUUCAGACGCAAAAGAUUUUCGCAGAACAGGAAAAUCAACUGAAGCUCCGCAGGAUCGAAGAGAUGAAAACGAGCGCCAUGGUAGUUCAAUCUCGCAAAGAAUUGGAGCAGCUGAAACGAAGUUUCAAACCUAAGAGCAUCUGUUUGGAGGUAGAAUGGAAAUUCUUCUUUGGGAGAGUGGAAUAUAUUCAGUACAAUGUGCUGACUACCAAGUCCAUCGUUAUCGACUUCAAUGCACUUGCCGAGAAGACAGCGAAGAGUGCAAAAGCGUGA